AUGCCCAUUACUCAAGAGAACGCUAUGCUCUUCCUCCCGCUCCUGUAUCAGUGGCUGCAAAGCAGCCAGAGGGAGGAAGUGGAAGGGCCAGAGCAGAGGCUGUGUCAGUCUGCCAUUCAGAAGCUGAGAGAGUACAUACAGCUAAAUUUUUCCAUGGAUGACAGCAAAUUGCAGCCCAGUGGUCCCAGCACUUUAGACAUGGAAAUCUGCACGCUCUACCUUACCAAGGAGAUGGGCAAAAAUGAGGCUCUUGGCUUAAGCUUUGGGAACAUCCCUGCUUUUGGAGACUAUGGAGAGAAACGGAGAGGAGGGAAAAAGAGGAAAGGGCACAAAGGCCCGGUGCUUGAUGUUGGCUGUAUCUGGGUAACGGACUUAAAGAAAAAUAGCCCGGCAGGGAAAUGUGGGAAAGUGCGACUGAGAGAUGAGAUUCUUUCCCUGAAUGGUCAAUUAAUGGUCGGCGUGGAUGUCAGUGGGGCAAGCUACCUGGCUGAUCAGUGCUGGAAUGGCGGCUUUAUCUACCUGAUCAUGUUCCGUCGCAUUAAGCGCAAAGCCCCUCUUCCUCCAUCAAAUGGCAACAACAGCAACAGCUGUGAACCCAAAGCAAAGCCUACCUCGGAGCGAAGUGACAGAGCCGCUCAAAAUGGAAAAAGAACUAGAAAAUUUGGGGUCAUUGCCAGAACUCCAGCCAGUAAGGACAGCAAGGAAAGCAAAGACAGCCAGAAUUCAGAGCAGGAGAAUGGACACCACAUGCCUAUGGAGAUUGACGGCUCACAGCCAGAGGCAUCUGAAGCGGCAAGCAACACAGAGGAUCGGUUUCGAAAUGCAGACUCUGAGGGACGGUACAGGUCUCGCCAUUCAGAUGGUGGGGUGCCAGACCUUAACCCAAGUGACCUGCCUACACAGCAAGAAGGAUGCCACAUCUGGAAGAUGCACAUGGUGAAGGGGACAGACGGGCUGGGGAUCCAGAUUACAGGAGGAAGAGGAUCAAAGCGAUCCCCUCAUGGCAUCAUUGUUGCGCAUGUUGAGGAAGGAGGCUCUGCUCACAGGGAUGGUAGAUUGGCAGCUGGUGACGAGCUCCUAAUGAUCAACAGUCAGUCUUUGGUUGGACUCUCCCAUCAGGAAGCUGUGGCUAUUCUGCGAUCUGCUACAGGUCUAGUGGAGCUGGUGGUAGCUAGCAGGGAAGGGAAUGAAGAGGAGUCUCUCAAGUAUCCAUCUACAAGUUUGCCUGACUUACUUAGUACCUGUUCAGUCCAAGAUACCGCCUCUUGCACUGAUAAUAAAGAGAAUGAAGAGCCAGAUGACGAAGGUGCCAAAGGAGUGAGCGCGUCUCCUGAAGCACAGGUUGCUAUGACAGAAACAGACAAAUCUCCAGAUCCUGUUAAUGUGGAAGUGGCGAAAGGGAACUGCCAAAGUCCGACACUAGGAGGUGGUAUAUUGAAAUAUAGAAGUCGAUCCCAAGGGACUGGAUCCCGUUUAGAAUCUGUGGGAGAAAAUGAUGAACUGACCGUGGAGAAUGGUGACUCAAAUUACGAAAUAGCAGUGAAAUAUUCCCGGGGAGGGAGAAAACAUUCUCUUCCCCAGCAACUUGAAUCCUCAGGAACUAGGCAGGAAUACCAUAUUGUGAAGAAAUCUACUCGCUCACUGAGUGCAGCUCAGGUGGAAUCUCCAUGGAGACUGGCCCAGCCAUCCAUUAUUUCCAUCAUUGUCCUGAUGAAAGGACAAGGCAAGGGUCUUGGAUUCAGCAUUGUGGGAGGCCAGGAUUCUGCUCGGGGACGCAUGGGGAUUUUUGUGAAGACUAUAUUCCCAAAUGGAGCAGCUGCUGCUGAUGGAAGACUUAAAGAAGGGGAUGAAAUUCUAGAAGUUAAUGGAGAAUCUUUACAAGGGCUGACCCAUCAGGAGGCCAUUCAGACGUUUAAGCAACUCAAGAAAGGUGUAGUGACCCUCACAGUGCGCACGAGACUGCGCAGCCCGAGCCUCACCCCAUGUCCAACUCCCAUUUUAAUGAGCAGAUCAAGCUCCCCAAGCUCCAGUGCGAGUGGAGGAACUCCUGCACCUGGCUCUGAAGACGGAGACACUUCCUCCACGUGUCGCAAAGGCCCAGGACCAAAGGACAGAAUCAUCAUGGACGUGACGCUCAACAAAGAGCCGGGGGUUGGGUUAGGCAUUGGUGCCUGUUGUCUCGCGCUGGAAAAUAGCUCUCCAGGGAUAUACAUUCACAGCUUGGCCCCAGGAUCGGUGGCUAAAAUGGAUGGUAGAUUAAGCCGGGGUGACCAGAUCCUGGAGGCAGAUUCAGUGAGUCUGCGCCAUGCAGCACUAAGUGAAGCCUAUGCCAUUCUGAGUGAGUGUGGUCCGGGUCCAGUUAGCCUUAUCAUUAGUCGUCAUCCCAACCCCAAGGUUUCUGAACAGGAGAUGGAUGAAGCAAUAGCCUGCACCACUCAUCGAGAGAGCAAGGAUGCCUAUUCCCCUCAUGUCAUAGGGAUUCUGCAGAAAAGUCCAUCCCCUAGUGUGAAGGCCAAACAAGGAGAGGCCUCAUCACCCCUGAGCUGGACAAUGAAACGUUUCCUGGAGCCAGCAAGUCGGCAGGGAUCUGUCAGUUCUGAAACAGAGCUUUCCCAGUUCUUCUCACAAGAUGGGCCAAGUCAGGUGUCAUUUUCUGACACACAAGUAACGGGCUCCAGUGAUGAAGAGCAGCUCCGUCAGAAAAGUGGAAACAGCUCUUUGGAUGACAGCUCUCUUCCUCCCAGCAAUCUAACUGCUAAAGAAGCAGGAACAACCAAAGUGGACAGUCUUGCUUCAUCAACCAGUGGAAAGUCACCUGGUCUUUUCAACAAGCACGUGGAAUUUGCCCAACAGGGGAGCCUUAAUGGUAGUCCCAAGUCUGUCCGCAGCCCACUGCUGAGGCAGAGAAGAGUUGUUUUCUAUGAUGGCGAUGUUAGCGACGAGGAUGAUUUUGUCAAGCAAGAAGAGGUCCACUUCCAAAGGAGCCAGAGGGACAAGAGCCAGAAAAACGCCAAGGAAGACUCUGGCAUUGUCAUCGCAACCUCUUCCGCUGAAGUUGAUGAUGAAGGCCAGGAUGGUGAAUUGUCUCGACACCCUGGCAGUAAGGAGGCUACCCCUGUGUUCAGCAACACCUUGGUGUCUGAGGAGAGUGCCCUAGAGCAAACGGUGGACUUGUCCUUCUUUCAGAUCAAAGCACUUGAUUGCUCAGAUAUGCCUGAGAUUCAUCCUACUAAUCUGGGAGUGAAGGAGCUCCGAGAGGCACAGCUUGAAUCUGUGAGAUCCCCUAAACUGGAGCACAAAGCAGUCACAAGAGUGAAAAGCAUGAUGAGCACGGAGUGCCGCAAUCUCCCCAGGCAGAAGAUGGAGGAGCCUGGUUCCUGUCAUAAGCCCAUUGCCAGGACACUUCCACACAGCAAAAAGACUGAAACACCCGACAUCCCCAGGCAGAGCAAUGCUGAAACAGUUAAUCUGCUGCGGAAUGAAGAUGAAUCAUUUGGCCUGGAUUUGGAGAUCCAGGCCACUCCCAUAAGAGUUGUGGUAACAGGUUUACGAUCAGGCGGAGCAGCUGAAAGGGGAUCAAUGGGAAAGCUGACAGUAGGAGAUGAGAUUUUAUCCAUCAACAGUACCCCAAUCAGUGGAAUGACAUCCCAGGAAAUCUGUCUGUUCAUACAGAAUCUCCCCAUGUCUGUAACACUAGAGGUGCAAAAGGCAGUAUCAGCUGUGGACAGACUUACAAACCUCCUCAUGUCUUCAGGGACAGAUGGUUCAGAUCAGGCUGACCCCUGCAGCAUCCUUGUAGCUGAAGAAGAAACCAGUUCUGGGAAAUGUGAAGAAAAGACUUUACAAAACGAAAAUCCAGACAAUGUCACAAAGAGAACAAUGCUGCCACCUGAUGCCAAGACCGAAGAGGUGCAAGCAGGUGCCUCAGAGGUCAGCUGUGUCAAGGACUGUGCUGUGAGCCCAAUCACUGAUAUUGAUGACUUCGUCAGUAAAUUGAAUUCUUCAGAGGAUAGAACUUCUCAGUCUCUACUGACAGUAGCAAGCCCCAGAGAUGAGUACACUGCCGAGUGCAGUUGUGAGACAGAGGAAGGUUGUUCUACUAAUUCUGAGCCAGAUAUAGCAAAGAAGGAGCUGUCUGAAAAAACUGUGAAUUAUGCCGCUAACGCACAGGGGAUUUUGGGGUUAUCAGUACUGGAUUCCGUUAAUACAGGAAAGCUUUUUACUGUGAAUAAAAGCUGCUUAAAUAACUAUUCUAGGAAUUUUAGCAGUUUAAGUGUAGAUGAUUUGCCUGCAGCAGACUCUGUGGAAGAUACAAGAAAUGAAUCAUUUCCAAAAUCAAUGUAUGGUGCUGCAGAGGAUUCCCAUUCAGACACGGAAUCUCUCACCGAAGCCCCGGAUUCUACUGGUGACGGUUUGCUCUUGCCAUCUGCCGAUGGUAAAUCCUCUGAAACCUGCAAUGUUAUAGAGUCAGAUGAGGAGCAAAUUGAAAUUUGCUGCGUGAAUAAUGAGCCCCAACAGCCCAUUCAGGAGCAUCAGCAGCUCACGUCUGCUAGAAGUGUAUUUCAUCAUUCCCCACCAUCCCCUCACACGGCAAAAGUUUUACAAACAGAGAGCUGUGCGGUAUAUAGUUCACUGGAUACAAACAAUGACAAAGCUCCAUUUAUACUAGAAGAUCAAUGUAAUCCAAUUCUACACACCCCACAGCAUUUAAAUAUUGUUCCGGCUACUCCCUUACAUACUUUUCCCUCAGUUUCUCUACCAGAUAAAGAUACCCUCACACCUCCAUUGGGUGUUCGUCCAGUUUGCUCCUUCCAUAACAACGGUGCCUUAAGUACAGAAGACAGAAUGGGCUUGGAGAACAAUGAAAAAUCUGUGAAACCGUGUGAGUCUUCCAAAGAUGAUAUGGCUUUGCAAAGCAAAAAUAUGAGUUUCUGCACUACUGGGAAGGUGAAUGGCUUGGAAAGCAAUUUGCUGGACAAAGAACAACAUGAUAAAGAACAAGGAUCCAAAUUUGAAAGUGAACUGGUGACUAAUGAGUGCAAUCACAAGGUUAGUUAUCAUUCCGCUUUGACAAAGAAGGAAACAAACAGUUUGGCUAAUUUGAAUAAAACAGAUAGUAAUCGGAUAGACACUCUAUCACAAAGAUCAACCCUCACGUCCAGGUCACCCACUCCUACUAAAUCAAAAGAUCUAACUAAGGCUGGUACGACCCAGGACUUGUCAGGGAAAAAUGAAAAAGUUAAUGGUAUGCCAUUGGGAAGAAGUUCUAAUGCAAAAAUCCAAAGCUCCAGCACAAGCUACAGCAAAGGAGUUACAGUACCGCACAGCCCCACCUCACAGAAAAAAUCGCAUCAAGAAAUUAAGGCAAUGGCCCAAAGGACUAUUGUGGAAACACUUUUAAAUAGUCAGAGAGCCAAAAUAGGACCAAAGCUAAAGGGCCUCACUAUCAAAAGUAAAACAAAGGCAAAUUCAGAAGCUCCGAGCUUUAAUCCUGCAAAAGCUAGUGGGACUGAUCAGAGAAGAACUUCCAUUUCUCCACAGUUAUCACCCAAGCUUCUAGGAAAGAAAGUUUCUGUGUCCCGUAAUCUCCCUACAAACGUGGAACCUGGCAAGAGCACCACACCAGUCUCAAAGACUCUUAAAUCUGAGCAAGAAAAUAAACCAUCUCUAGCUGUGCCUGAAGAAACAUCGCUACCUGUGUUGAAUGGCAGCAGCAGCCCAGUGGAAAACAAUGAAAAGCAAUCCAGGGGCAAUGGUGAGCUAAGCGUUGCUGGGGAGACAGAGCAUCAGAGAGGAGGUGAAAAACAAAAAGAAAGGCAGGCUUCAGUGCAGCAGGAUGUGUGUAAUGAGAAGGGAAUUAAGAUUGAUGUUGGUGAUUUCAAAGCUAGGGAAGAUCUGACCAAAGUAACUACCUCUCCUAAGCAGAUGCUGAAAGGUGAGUAUGUCAAAGAGAGAGCUGAAAACCAUGGCACAGGCAUAAACCUGAUAAACAGCAGUUACGAUGAAGGUGAUAUUCAGCAAGUAGGUCCUCAAAACCUAGGAGUCUGUAACAAUGACUCCUCCUCACUGAGUUCUCCCCCAAUGCAGCAGGAGCAGCCAGAAGGCCAGGAAAUUCAACGCACGUUCAUUGAGGUGAGGUUAUCCUCCUCCUGUUCCUCCCUAGCACCAUCAUCAGAGCGGCCGUUGUUGGAAAAGGCAGAAGCUACCAAUACAAAGGUCAGCCAGGUAACUGAGGAGAUAGGGGAUGGCCAGUAUUUCACUCAAGUAGAUACCGUUGGGGAUGGAAAUCGACACAGUGCAUCCAAAACCGUGACGAGGACUUACUCAAUGCCAGCCCAGUUGUCACGUCAUUUGAGAGAGGACAAUAAUGUUAUAGGUGUUUCAGCACACCCCGUGCAAGGUGUUCAGAGCAAUGUUUCAGGGAUGCUAAAAAUUGUCCAUCUCAGGGUGCUGAAUGGCCAGGGCACCCAGGAUGGAAAAGAGCAAAUACACGCUCCCCAAAGUGUCCAGAAACCAAGCCUGGAGCAGCUCUCUUUAGCUAAUGAAAAUAGCUGUCUUGCCACAGAUAAACUAAAAAUUUUCAAGAGAAAUUAUUAUUAUUAUGAACUGAACUGGCCACAAGAAUCUACCUCAUCUUUCUCUGUGAAACAGAGGAUCAAAUCUUUUGAGAAUCUGGCAAAUUUCGAUAGACCAGUUGUUAAAGCUAUAGACAUACAUUCAACCUCCAUGAGUUCUAAACCACACGUUGGUAGACGAGCAUCUAGUGGGAUAUCCUCCAUAAGCAGUACCAGCACAAACGAUGCAGUGCAGACAUUGAGGCGAAGUUUGAGUUCAUGCAGCGACAGUCAAAGUCCAACAUAUCCCCAGAAAUCGCAAACAAAAGUAAUCUUAACACAUGUACAGCAGAAUUCAGCAGACAGCAGCAAAGACGACACUCAUUUAAAGAAAAGCAAGGGAGAAGACACUUCAGGAGAUCUGCAUGUCUCAUCACCCAACACACCUCUCAUCCGAAGAAGCAGGGGUUACGGCAGGCAGUCACUGUCUCGCAUGAAGCUUAGAGAGCUCAGAGCAUUGAGCAUGCCAGAUCUUGACAAGCUGUGCAAUGAGGACUUCUCAGUGGAACCCGAGGCCACCCAUUUCAAAACAGAACUGGAAAUUACACCCAAGAAAUCACUCGGCCUGCCUGUUGAGAGCAUUUCAAAUCUGAAUGCAUCUUCUGCCCUCUCCAACCUUGCAAAAAUGAAUCAGCUAUGUUCUAAAGGGAGUAGUCCUUGGAAUAGUGGCUCAGGGACUCCUGGGUCAGCAUCUGAAGAUGAUGUACCACAUGACAGCUCCCCAGAUAGGAAGCCAUCAGAAAAAAGCUGGUCAAUCAGCUUGGCUCAGCUAUUAGUCUCAACCCUGGACCAGCAGAAAUUGCAAUCUGUUUUAUCAUCUGUAAAGGCAAAAUGUGAUAUCAUCACUGUGCUCCAAGAAGUCAAACAACAAGCAGAGAGCAAAGAAGAUGCUUACUUUGUGGUCUUGAAUAAAGAAGAAGGUGCUGGCCUGGGAUUUAGUGUCGCUGGAGGGAUAGAUCUGGAGCAGAAAUCUAUCAUAGUCCACAGGGUGUUUUCAAAGGGUGUGGCAUCUCAAGAAGGGACUAUCCAUUGUGGAGAUCUCAUUCUGUCAAUUAAUGGCAUGUCUCUGGCGGGUUCCGUCCAUGGAGAUGUUCUGAAUGCUCUGCAUCAGGCAAGACUGCACAAAUAUGCAGUCAUUGUCAUCGAGAAAAAGAAAGACAGAGAAAAGAUUUCAUCCAGACUUGAAAUAUCAGCUACCGGCAGAAAACACUUUGUGCCUGGAAAGGAUGUUACCAUGGAAAUAGGAACAGGUCCAAAUGUGGAUAUGAGUGAUGUCAUUUCUGUUGAACUAUGGAAAACCUCUGCUGGCUUGGGGUUCAGCCUUGAUGGUGGAAAAGCUUCAAUUUCUGGAGACAGACCUUUGCUUGUAAAAAGAAUAUUUAAAGGUGGCGCUGCAGAGCAAGCUGGAAAAAUAGAAGCUGGAGAUGAAAUUGUUGCCAUUAGUGGAAAAUCAUUGAUUGGUCUCAUGCACUACGAUGCCUGGAACAUCAUUAAAUCUGUCCCAGAGGGACCAGUUCAAUUGCUGAUCAGAAAGCAUAGAACUUCAGUAUGA